AUGGGUGAUGUAUGCAAAAUGGAGCUCGAUGCUGGACCAUGCAUGGCUCUCUUCCACAGAUACGGUUACUCCACUGAAAAAGGAAAAUGCGUUGAGUUUUCGUACGGCGGUUGCCAAGGCAAUGCAAACAACUUCGAAACUAUGGAAGCAUACAUUGAAUGGAGAGUGUCGCGGCCUAUUUGA